AUGGGCGACCAUGGUGGUUUCUCGCGGCCGAGUAGCUCACUGCUGAACGGCCUCCUGCCGAAUAAAGCGGCAAGUGUGACCAGGGUUCUGGAUGCUGACCGAUGGUCAAUGGCUGAGGCAAGGACAGCCGAGUUGAUCCAAUGCAUUCAGCCAAAUCAACAAUCUGAGACGUGUAGAAAUGCUGUUGCAAACUAUGUUCAACGGCUAAUCAUGAAGUGUUUCUCCUGCCAGGUAGCCUACGUUUUCUGGUUUUCUAAACGGCCACAUUUUAUCCGAUGGUGUUUCCCAUGGCUUGCCUCUGAGCAUUGACGUCAGAAGUGUUUCCCUUGUCACUUUGUUCUGCUGCCUAGCCAGGAGAGAAUAAGUUGAUUCUCAUUUACUCUUAGUGCAUCUGUUCUUUUUUUUCGUCAUCGUUCAUGGUAUAUGGUUCUUGUUUUAUCCUUCGGUUUUUGCUUUGCUAGUGUUUUCCUUCAUCUUUGACCUUUUUGUUAGUCUUCGUCUUUAUCAAUCUAUCUUUGUAAUUCCUCUUCAUGCUCUUUUUCUCCAUAUGCUUCCAAUUAUUGUUGUUUCUCAUGGAGUUCUAGUGUAACUUGAUGUAUGCCAUUUGAUCAACACUGGUUCAAUACAUAUUAAUUAUUUAGUUCCUUCACCUGUAUGGUUACUUCCUUAUAUUGUACCUGUGGACAUAUGCUAAUCCUAAUUACCAUGAACUAUGGUUUUAUAAAAUUCCAUGCGGGAGAAGAUCCCAUGGCUCUGCUCCUGGACUUUUUCCGGGCCUUGUGAGUGACAGUGUAUAGGCCACGUUAUGGUGGCUGUUUAUGGACUUUCUUCAAGAUUAGAAUUCUACUGGAUGUUAUAGGGUUGCAACGCAUUUUGUCCUCUUCCACAGGGUAGCUGAAAGAGCUUGUGUGUCCUUACGGCAUUCCUAUGCCUUCUACCACAGAAUCCGAUAGGUCGUCUAUGAGCUACUGUGGUAUAUAUUUUUUGCCAAAAUUAUGGAUUAGUCUGUCUUGUAAUAUAUAUGGGCUGUAAAUUUGAGCUCGGGGAAUAUAGCAUUAAUGCUGUCGGCGAAAAUCCUGUGUAUAAGACUUUUUUCUUCUGCUCGAUCAUGUCUACUUUGAAGCAGGUUAAGAACGGUGCCACCUAGAAGAUCUUGCUAUGGAAUCUGGACUGGUUACGUGUUUAAUAUUUUCUCAUUGACUCCGAUUUCAUGUUUUAGAGUGCCAAUAGUGGCAGAAAGCUUGUUUGAGCGCUUGAUGACAGUUUCUUAGUGGUUACUUGCACUGAUUGAAGCUGGUUAUUUCAUGUAUUGACGAGCUGCAAUCUAGCGUUUUCAAUGUGUUAUUUGAGGAUACUUGGUGUAGGUUUUUUUAGUAGAUGUUGAUUUCUUCUUGCUGGAUUGGGGAACCAUAUGACAUCAUUUUUAAUAAGCUGUUAGAAUUGCCUAAGAGUUGAAACUCGCAAGUGAAUUGCUGUUUAAAUUUAUAUUAUAAAGCAUUCGACAUGCCAUAUUGUAGAACCCUCAGAGGAGAAUUGUACAGUCUAGAGUACGCCUUUUUCCUAAGCCCGUGGGAUGAUACAGCCUUUACAUCAUGAUUGACACAGACUGAGUUUAAGGGAGGAAAUACGAUUUCACUGUUCUGUUAAAUGUCGAAUGUUCUCAUAUUUUAUUUUUUUAAAAUGUCCACAAUUUUUCUGCCAACCACUUGGUUAGGUUAUUUUAUGGAACUACAUUAACUUCUUGACGGCAUAUGUUUCGGCUGAGUCGCCUGUCUGAAUCUGUAGGUAUUUGUUUUGAAUGAUUUCUAUCAUAACCAUCGAAGGGUUGAACGAUUCUCUCCACCUGUAUGUGUCUUUGAUAUUUCAUCUAUUGAAUUAUUUGACUCUUGAAAUUGUGUCAGGUCUUCACGUUCGGCUCAGUGCCUCUGAAGACUUACUUACCUGAUGGGGAUAUUGACAUGACAGCUUUUAGUAAGAAUCCCAUUUUGAAGGACAUGUGGGCUGAUGAUGUCCGCAACAUGCUUGAGACUGAAGAAAGAAGUGAAAAUGCUGAAUUUCGUGUAAAUGAAGUUCAGUACAUUCAAGCAGAAGUAUGCUUAUCAUGCAAAAAUACACCAUAUGUUUGCAGUCUAUAAAUUUUUCUCUUCUUAAUUAGCAUCUGGCUAUAGUUUGUAGUGCUUUUAUUCAUUGCUACCUUCUACUGUUUCCUGGAAAUGCAUUUCGACGUUUUGGAACGAAGGCCACAACUUGUUUUAAUUGUUGACUAUUUCGUAUCCUGAUGGAUUUUAUUAAACUUAGUUUACUUGAAUUGGAUUCUGGAAAUCGCGUGAUGACUAUGUUAUAUACCAACUCACAUGGACAAUUAGUCCUUUCUUGAAUAUGAGUAUGAAAUCACAAGAUAUGAUCAACCGUAUGCACUCUGUGUGGAGUUAUUAUAUAUUUUGUUGGAUGUUUGACUAGUGCAAUUGAAUGUAAUAGUGUUUUGGAAAUAUCUGUGCUGGUGGUUCUCCCAUUGGCGUUGCUGAGGUGAGAUGAUAACAGUUUGGUUAGAUGUAGUUGGAACAUUAAGAACCAUUAAACAUUUUUAUGGGGUUAUUUCUGUGUAGAUCUGCAUCCUCCUGUGAUCAAACUAUUUUUUCUCGUGUUUUCUAUCAGUAGUACCUCUACUUUGCGAAAAUUUCAAAUGAUGUAUCUUCUGAAUUAUCUUCUAAAUUUUCCAGUUUCAUUUGUAUCCGUGCUUAAAAUUGAUUGAAAAACAAUGUUCUCUAUGCUUUAUUUUUGAAUAAUAGUAGAUACUGAUGUAUGCCUUGUCAUAUACUUCAUUUUUUUAUUGUCUUCACUAGAUUUUCCAAUAAUUUGUAUAAAUUAUUUCAAAAACGUUCUUCUUUCUUUUUCUGAGAUCUAGAAACAUUCCUGAAUUUAUGAGAAGCUGUAGGAUCCUCAAAUUUAUGGAGUUUAUGCAGUUGCAAACGGUAGCCAGAAUUAGUCGACCAUAUGUCCUUUGAGAAAAGGUAAUCUGUCAAGUUUAGAACCAUUGAGGCAGGAUUUUGUUGCACCUGAGGUCUUCUAGUUCUAUAGAUCUCAUUAGUUCGGUUUGAGGUGACAAUGGAUGAUUAAGCAGACACAUUUGAAUAUUGUCUGCAGUCUCAUCUGCUGAGCACAUAAUUUGUCAAAACUCUCUUCUCUUCCCACUUCUCCCCGCACACACAAAUUUUAUAAUAUUAAUUACUAAAGGAACGAAGUCAACCAGUGGUUGCUGUGAUGUUUUCCUUGUAUUUCUCCUUACAUCAUUGCCCUCCAUCCAAGUGGAGGUAUCGAUUGGAGGAUCUCUGAUGAUGGAGAGUACUUUGUAGUUACCAUGUUCUUUAAAUUCAUUCUGUUGACUAAUAUGUGGAAUAAUUUCUGCAAAAACGCACUUUUGUUCCAAUCUUUUACUGUACAUGAUAUUGCACGUUUUAUUGAGUCCUACAAGUAGAACUCUUUAAUUACUUACCAGUCUGAUGUAUUUUCUGAAUUUAAAAAAGUGUUUUGUGUAACCAACUCCUUUCUCACUCUGUUUUUGUUUCUUUCAGGUAAAGAUAAUAAAGUGUCUAGUAGAAAACAUUGUUGUAGAUAUUUCUUUUAACCAGCUUGGCGGGUUAUGCACCCUUUGUUUCCUUGAAGAGGUGAGGUUCUAUUUUAAGUAGAUACACAUACAAAAGGAGUUUCUGCUUCCCCUAGUCCCUUUGCUCACUGAGCUUUGUAAUCCUUUAGAUUGACCAACUUAUAGACCAAGAUCAUUUGUUCAAGCGCAGUAUCAUACUAAUAAAGGCGUGGUGUUAUUAUGAAAGCCGUAUUCUGGGAGCUCAUCAUGGACUUAUUUCCACCUAUGCUUUGGAGAUAUUGGUUCUUUAUAUAUUUCAUAUAUUUAAUAAUUCCUUUUCUGGCCCACUUGAGGUAAUUUAUUGACUACUCUCCUUUGCUCUUUUUUUUUCACAUCAAAUUUUCUAAUCAAUUUUCUCUUUUCUAUUUUGUGAAUCUCCAGGUCCUUUAUCGGUUUUUGGAAUUUUUCAGUAACUUUGAUUGGGAAAAUUUUUGUGUUAGUCUUUGGGGUCCAAUUCCUAUCAAUUCACUUCCAGAUAUGAAAGGUACAAGUCAAGGAAAAAGUAUUUUAAGUAAAUGAUCAUUGAUUUCAUCUGAUUUUCUCUUCUUUUCAUUGUUUUUGUCAUUCAGCGGAACCUCCUCGAAAAGAUAAUGGAGAGGUGUUACUCAGCAAACUUUAUCUUGAUGCAUGUAGUUCAAAGUAUUCUGUUUCUCCAUCCAUCCAGGAAAACCAGGGCCAACCCUUUGUUUCAAAGUUUUUUAAUAUCAUUGAUCCUCUGCGUAUAAACAACAACCUUGGAAGAAGUGUCAGUAAAGGUAGUGCUGUUCUUCACUGUCAUCAAAGUAUCUUUUAGGAACUUUUUCUCAUGAUUUAAGAAUGUUCUCUUUGUUUUCUGGACACUUCAAUGGGACACUUUGUUCUGUUUUCUUCCCUCGCUGUGAAACAGAGGAGCCGCAUCUGAACAUCUGGAGUUUACUUGUGUACCGCAUGCGUAUUAAAUCGAAAGAAGCAUUGAUGUGCUAUUUAGAUAAUCCUUCCAUUCUGCUAUGUAGAUGUGCUAUUUAGAAACUUAUAUUUGUUUUUGUAUAUUUUGUAUGGCAAGACAUGUAACUCAAACAAAUUUCAUUGAAUUUAGGGUACUUUUUUUUCUCAGUCAUAGAAAUUAGAUCAUCUGUCAUUUAGAAGGUAUCAUCUGGAAUUUUCUUUGGAAGAUUUAAUAGGAACACAAUCUUGUCCGCUAUAGUGAAAAUCUCUAAUUUAGGAGCCGCUUCAAUUGUAUUCAGGCAACUCCUAUCUGCUUUUGUUAACCCUCUGAUGUCUUUAUUUGCUGUGUGAUUGGCGUGCCUGUAAGGCAAAAUAAUGUUUGAAAGAUGAGGGGUUCUUUAGCUUCCAGAUUAUGGAUCUCUGUGUUGGCGAGUGUAGAGAGGUCAUUGCUUGGAUUUUUGUUUACAUGGUCAGGUUGGGUGUUUGGCUAUAACUUAAUUUCUGCUAUAGAAUGUUUUGUAUUUUUGAAGAUGUCGAAAACAAUUUCAAACCUGAGUGGCGAUAAAGCCUUUGUUGAUCUAUUAUCUUUGUUAUAUAAAAGGUGGAAAAUUUUAUGAUGUUCACUUAAUCUCAUGUUUCAUCCAGGUCCUUUCUUAGUGCAAUUGGUAGAUCAUGAGUGGUUCAUCAUGUAUGUGUGGGGCAUGUGUAGUCUGCUAGCUCUCAAGUUUUUUGUUUGUCUGCUCGGCUUUGUCACAUUGUAACCUUGUAAGUCAUGUAUGAUUGAAAUAUGCUAACACAUUUUCUGAACAUGCUGUUUAGGCAAUUUCUAUAGGAUACGCAGUGCCUUUGCAUUUGGGGCUAAAAGGUUAGCAGCUUUGCUUGAAUGUCCGAAAGAUGAUCUACCUUCUGAUGUCGAUAAGUUCUUCAUGAACAUAUGGAGACAGCACAGGUCCUCUCAGCGUCCAGAUGCUCCAAGUCCGGAUUUGUGGAAUAUGCAGCCUUCAAGUAACGUAGAAACGCCUGUUGAAGCUGUUUCUACCCAGGCAAUCUCUCAGCCUGUCAGUACUGUAGACCAAAGCGCUCAAAAAUUUUGUAGUCCUGGCAAUCUUCUAUCUACAAUUCGUACACAUAGUCAGAAAAAAAAUGAUGUUUCGAAAAGCUCUGGGCAUACAGCUCAAGUGGAGGGAGGUCUCAACUCCAGUGAACUGGUGGAAAAUGAUAAGUCCCAAAAGACUGAGCUUAGCGAAGGGUCGGGCAGCUUUCAGUUUGCAAGGACAAGAUCCAGCCCUGAGCUUAGCGACACAUCUGCUGAUUUUUCAUCUCGGCAACGAAAUAGACUGCCAGAUACUGUCAAGAAUCAGAACCCUGCUACACGAGAAGAUCAUGCUAGCCAAAGGAAGAAUCUGGGUUCAGAAAUUUUCAUUAAUUAUUGUUCCAAGACUUCUGAUGAUCUUUCAUAUCCGAGGCAUGGUUCAGCCUACCAAAAUUUUGAUGUCCCUGAUGAUUCAGCUUUCACAUCAACUAAUCAGGGAAAUGCUGACUUUUUGGCAACAGGUGAGGGGUUUGUCUCAUGGCAAAAAGCUUUGGAGAUGCAUCAAGAACAGCAGGAUCUGAUCAACAUGACAGCAGUAUCUGAAGCAGGUAAUUUUGAUGGACUGGUUCACUUGCCAAUGAAUAUGUCUUCAGCUCAUCUGCAGGUGCCUAUAUCAUCUGUGCUUCAAUCGAUGGAAUAUGUGCAGAGAAAUUUUUCUAUACAUCCAGAAAAUAUACCUCAUUGGAGAUCUGCUGUGCAGUUUCCCCAUGGUCUAUAUUCUACACAGAUGCUCAGUUGCGACUCUAAUGCCGGAUUAUUGUCAAGUCCGGAAGUGGUUACUGAGGCAAGCAUAAAGAGGUCAAGCAUCACAGAAGAAGAAACAGAGAAUGCCGAUCGUGGUUCUUGGGCAGAUCAGAAUAAUGGAUCUACAAGACCAUCAUGUAAAGUCAACAAAAAUGUUUUGACGCUCCAUUAUGAUGGGAAACAAACAUCAUCAACAGGGUCCUUGUCUUCAUCAAAUAUUUAUAAAUCCAGUAGUCAUUCAACUGGAAAUGGGUACAUGUUUGUUAGAGAAGAUCAAGGAUUGGUAGGGGAAGAUUCUAAUCGCGUUCAUCCUUACAUGACCUUGAGAGAUCAGGACAGUAACUUGGUGGAUGACAUUACGAAUUUGAGAUCUUGUUCAAAUACUCAGCCUACUUCGUCCAGUGGCAAGUCUUCUUCUGAAAGUUCAUGUGAUAAGGCACCUACAAUGUCAUCCCAAUUGGCAAGGGAUAAGCAUAGAAGGAGAGGAACUUCCACCUCGGCACCUUUCCACGGGACAACAAAGAGUAUGUGGGACUACGAUAAUUUAUCCUCCGACAGUGUUCCAAUUGGGGCAGAUGAUAACAGAGAGUGGGUUCCACUUUCGAUGAUGGGUUCAGAUGUGGUAGAGAGAACCAUGGACUCUGGUUCCAUGGCACCUAUGCAGGUUCAUACUAUUCAUUCUUUAGGACAUGAAUCACCACAUUCAAGUAAUUCAGAUCCAAUGGUUCCUAUUCGCCCCGUUCUUGUCAGUGCCAGCUCACAACGAGGGACAGCAGAUAAUACUGGGAUGUUGCCUUUUGCAUUUUAUCCAACAGGGCCUCCAGUUCCAUUUUUGGCAAUGCUUCCCGUGUGCCAUUACGAUUCAUCUACUUCCGUUGGAUCAACUAGUCACUUUGAUAACAUAGGACUUGGUGGUAGCGGUCAUAGAAAUUCGUCUGAUCUGAACUUUGACUUGACAGAGGACCAAGAACGGCCAGUUGCUCACAUUGGUGUAGGGACCAUGAAAGAUGAAGCUUUUGAACAGUCAGAGGUACAUAACCCUGAUAUUCUUAACAGUGAUUUUGCCAAUCACUGGCAAAAUCUUCAAUUUGGAAAGUUCUGCCAGAACACACGGUACCCUGGACCUUUGAUGUACUCUUCACCGGUUGUCAUUCCACCGAUGUAUUUGCAAGGUCAUUUCCCAUUGGAUGGUCCCGGAAGACCAUUAGUAACCAAUAUGGAGUUCUUUAAUCAAGUCAUGGAUCAUGGCCCUGCUGCACCUGUGGCACCAGUCCAGCUAGGUCAGACUAGGCCCACUAAUGUUUACCGAGGUUACUUAGAUGACGUCCCAAGAUAUCGUGGUGGAACAGGCACCUAUCUUCCCAACCAAGUAAGCUAAUUUCUGUCUUUUGAUAUCUUUUCCUUUUCCUGAUGUUUGCUUCAAGAGAUCAUAUGUAGGCUGCUUAUUCUUUUUUUGUUUCUACACAAUGUCAAUUUUCGUUUUGCCUUCUCCUGAACACAGCAGCUAUGGUCUCUUUGACUAUCUUGGUCUAUUGUCCUUGUUUUUGUGGUAUAUUCUAUGCCAGGAAUUUCAGUGACGGGGAAAAAACUGGUGCUGUUGUCUCCAAAAGCUGUCAUUUCUCUUAUUGAUCCUUUAUCAUUUUUAACAAAAAUCUGUCACUUUGAACAAUGGUGUGUAUUUAGGUAAAACUAAACAAAAUUACUUAUGCAUGGUUUACCUUGUAUUUUAAACUGUCAUAGCUUCAUCCCUUUUAAGAGCCAAUAUUAACACAACGCUGAAGCUGUGUGCACUCUAUCAAUAUGUGAAGGGAUAAGCAUCCGCUGAAUUGAGUACCGACUCUUUAGAUGGUGAAAUACUUGUGUAUCAGUCUAUAUCUCUCUUUGAUACCUUGACCUUUUAUUCUGUGAUGACUUUUCUACAUAAAUUUUAGUCUCAGUAAUGCUAAGUGGUUUUCUGAAUAAGUUAAUGUAUCUACAAAACUUGGUCAUCAUGGGCUUUAAUAAAAAAACGUUUUACUAAUUUUCAUAUUAUGAUUUCCCAUGUAAAGCAUGAAUAGUUAAUGGGAUGGUUAAUUAAAUAUUGCAAAUGUGUUCCUUCUAAAAUGUCAUGCGGUAGUUUCAAGAAGUGUAGAUUACCAGCAUUGAUAUUUUGAAUUAGGUGGAAAUUUUUUAUUGUCUAUGAUAUAUAUAUAAAUAUAUAUAUAUGUAUAUACUUCGAAAACUAUCCAUAAUUUUCCAUGACAGUGUUAUGUAUCAAAACAUAGUAAUAAUGUGGGAUUCCAAACUAUGCCUAUUGUUCGUACAAUCAUCAUUCCACAAAAUUGGCUGCCUGGACCUUUGAUGUCCACGUGCUCUGAAUGUAUCUUGUUUAAUAGCUGUCUGGGCUUAAUGAGUUCAUAAAGGAGACUAUCUUCUGAAUUAUGCAGAUUUCUCGUUCCGCUUUAUUUUCCUGAGGUUUCCUUUGCUUAAUUAAAAUCCAAGCUGAUUUUUAAAAAAAAUCUCCAGAACUUAUCAUUCAGGGAUCAACAGGCUCUGCAUGCACGUAGUCACGGAGGACAUUAUGGCAACGAUCAUAGUGAUCGCAGUGACAGAGAGGGGAGCUGGUUGAAGUCAAAAUCUCGAGCCUCUGGACGCAGUCGUGGUCGCAACCAAACGGAGAAGGUGAACCCGAGGUCCAAGAGGCUAACUGCGACUGAUAAUAUGUCUGAAGCGCCAUGGAAUUCAUACAGGGAUGAGCCCCUGGCUUCCUAUCCGAGCCCCAGCAAUCCCUUCAGUUCCAUGGGCAUGCAUGGCUCAGGAAAUAUUCCACAUGGCAUGCACCCAUUACCUACUGGGAACUCCAGCAGAGCAGACCAAGCUGGAAGUGCAGCACCUUCGGUCAUGAUGUUUUAUUCUUAUGAUCAUGGUGCUGGCCACGAUGACUUAUCCUCUGAGCAGCCUGAAUUUGGUUUGCUCGGGUCGCUCCAUGUAUCUGGUGUGGAUGAAGCUGCGCAUGCUGUGGAUGGAGACCUGGUAAGGUUCAAUCAAAGGCAGGAAGCAUAUGGACGGGGUUCAGGACACUCUUCACCAGAUCACCCUUCUUCACCCCAAGCACACCGGAGGUAUUCUUUCUUUUCCUGAUAAAUUUUCUGAACUUAAGGUUAUGUUUCUAGAGAAAGAAAAGUAUGAUCUCGUAAAUAUUAUUUUUUCUAAAAAGUCACUGUUAACUGAUUAUUUAAAUCACUUUUAACCAUGAUAUUAGUUUUCCCCUAAUUUAAAAAUUGAUAAUUAGAGGCUUGAAUAUAUUUCUUAUUGUUUUACCUUGUCUUGGCUUGUAUUGUUUUAAACUACCCUCUGGGGAUUCAAUUAAUUCUAUCUGCAGAAAAAAAGGUCAUCAAUUGAUUUGUUUACCUACAUCUGACAUCAUAUGUUUUUUAUUCUGUUUUCCUAUGUUUUGACACCUCAAUAACGCAUGUUUGUACGCGAACUUUCUUAUUUCUGAUAUUAUCCAUAUUAUACUGUAGAGGAAAAGGAUGGAACAAUGUCAGUUGAAUCCUGUCUCUGAAAUGAUAGAGAUGAUGAGACAGAUCAAGAUUUCUCAUUACUUACUGAUAAAAUUUUAUCUUGAAAUCUAUUCUCGGCCUAACAAAAAAAUAAUCAAAUUUUGGGUUGCACUCCUUUGGUUCCAUCAUCUUUUGAGCUUUAGCCCCAUCCAUGAAACUGAAAUCAUCUUUUGAGCAUGUGGGCACUUCAUUUCUGUAGCAUAAUGCGCUGGAUACUAUAUUUCUUGUGGAAACUUCGUUUGGUGUGAAUUGCCAAAAAAAUCCAAAGGGUUCUUCGCUCAGCCUUGGAGUCCUCGUUCAGUAAGGCCUGUGUUCGUUUGGUGUGAAUUGAAUCAUUGCAGAAACUUUGUUCGCACAUAUUAACUCUGACUUGUGUGAAACAGUGAAUGCACAUAACUCCAAGAUAUAUCCGUCAAUCCUAAUUCAUGAAUUGAUUGAGGUUAAAUGUGGCUAAGUACCUGUAAAAACGGAAAUAGUCUUUCCUCUAUCGAGAAACAAAUGAGCAUUCAUGCAUGAUUAAUAAUAUGCCUGCAGACUAUUGUGGAAUUAUUUCAGCUAAUGUGUUUUCUUUGGGGGGAAAAACACCAACAAAGGAAGGUCCUCCAAUAUCUUCAAAUCUAGUCAAGAAUAUGUGAUCUUUCCGUUUCAUCAACAAUGCUUCUGACACGCAUUAUUCUUCCAGAUGAACGAUUCACAAGAGCUACAAGCCUAAAGAUGGGGAUUUCCCUCCUCCAUUGGAGUCGCAUACUUUGGGUUCAGGUGGUGAGAACUACGACAGAUAAACCUCAGAUUAUCAGACCUCGCUCUUGAAUCCUCACUCUUAGACAUCUAAUAUCAUGGCUAUUCUUUUUAUACUUAAGUCAGCUGGGCUGGUUGGGGGUGGUCAUACUAGGAUUCCUAACAUGGAGAUCUCAUCGUUUUGGAUCUCACUAUAAUGGGGCGGGUAGCCUCUAGAUUUUGAUUCGAUGCAAGAAUUGUAUAAAUAAACCAUGCUGUAGUGAAGAUGA